UUUACGCUGCGGGUUCCUUACAAUAUUUGAAACAAAAUUUCGAUUUACGUCACACGAUUGUUUAUUGCGGUAUCCUCUUUGCGUUAAUUUCAGAGUCAUUAACCAAAGUGUUUUAUAAAAGAAACUUAUUGCCGAUUCGUGUGAAGACAUGUCCACCGGUUAAUUUGCGUGAUUUGACAAAUAAUUGAAAUUUAAAAACAUGAGUAUGUGUAUUAUAUGUGCGAAUGUAUGUUGUCGUACAAAGUGCCGAAAAUAUUUUAGUGCAAAUACGAAUAAAUUGCAAGCCAACUAAAAAUACCCAAACAUAUGUCUUAAUUAACUAAUUCAUGCAUUACGUUUAAUGCAGGCAGUGUGUAUAGUUAAGUUGGAUUAAUAAGCAAUGCUGUCCUAGUUGUGAUAAAAAUUAAAUAAAAGUACAUAAAAUAAUGUUAACAAAAUAUUAUGUAAAAUCUGGAAUUAUUAUCCAAAAUGUAAACAGUAAAGUUUUUGAGGGAAUUAUGAAACCUAAGAAUCUCUUUGAGUUUUUGUGGAUCGACAGACAUUUAUACGGAAUUCAACUUGUCUCGUCAAUAUUAUCAUUUAUAUACAUAUUUAUGUAACUAUGUAGCUGUAUAUCGAUAAGAUAGGUGUUACAAACAAUGGUUAGGUAUACAAAACUAUGUUACUCUGGAGAAACAUGUUCCUAGAGAAUAAGAAACCGAAAACGCUUGGUGAUCAAUGUGAAGUUAACCCGAAAUUAUGAAAUUAAAUGAUAUCCGACUGAUAGCUAAGGAAUUGUGUGUGUGUAAUAACUAUAUAUAGUGACAGAAUAAAUAGAGAGGAAAUCAAAGCAAUAUUUUAGUGCUGUUACCAUUAAUUUCUUGUGUCGAGAAACCCUCCUAGAAUAAACGAAGCAGCCAAGUUCAUAGUGUGCAACAAAAUGGUGUUGCUGAGUAAUCCAAUUUUGUUACCGAUUUCCCACUUAAAAUGGAUGGUUAUUUACCCUACGGUACUACUACUAUUACAGCCUAUUCGUGACGUUGUGGGUGGAGAAAAAUUAGCCCUCUUAUCAGCAACCCUGCGCACUUAUCAAAAAGCUGCUUGUGACAGCGAUCAGGUCAUUAUCUCUUGUCCACGCGGCACAAGCAUCUCAAUCGAGUUCGCACAGUUCAACAAUUUCGAAAACAAAGAUGGUUUCAGCAUCGAUGACUUAUGUCCGCUAAACAAUUCCACGAAAAAUGUGCAAUCGAAGGCCAAACACCUUCUACGUGGUUCCACAUUCGGAACUCCCGGAGCAAAAAUUCCAAACAUCCAACACCUUUAUGGCCAGACUACGGAACUUCCAAGCUCAAGCCUGCUACCAGAUACACUCAUGACAGAAGAAACGGAAGAUGCCGGUGUGCGUAAGGAAAAUACCUCGAAUGUUUAUAUAAGGGACGAUGACUCCUCCGAAAAUUGUAUGUGGCCAAACGCACUUCAGUAUUCGCUUCUUCAGACAGUCGUUGAGGCUUGCCAAAAAAAGAAGCACUGCAAAUUUAACGGCGCCCCACAUUUCUAUAGACUGAGCACAGGCGUUGAUGUAAAUAACUAUAACAACACGGUUAACACCGUAAAUGUAGAUCCUUGUCACAAACGACGUAAAAUUGUGGAGGUGGCUUAUAAAUGUCGUCCAUAUGAAUUUCGUAGUAAAGUGGCCUGUCACAAUGAUCUGGCUCAAUUGGAGUGCAAUCCUUACUCACGAAUCGCGGUGUAUAGCGCGAGUUUCGGACGCACCGAAUACGAAAGCAUUCAGUGUCCACAACCCCAAGGAGUACGAGAAGAAACAUGCCAAGCAUCGUAUGCCACCGAAACAGUUAUGCAGAUUUGUCAUGGGCGCCGCCGUUGUAACUUAGCUGCAGAUGCGAACACAUUCGGGUCACCGUGCCAACCGAUGUCGAAAAUGUAUCUGAAAGUCGUUUAUACUUGUGUUCCAAAGCAAGUUUUAAAAGACCGAUACGAAUCAGAAGUUGAAAGAGAUGAGACUGAAGAAUUCAAUGGAGAUAACGAGGUGUAUGACGAUGAAUUGAACUAUAAAGAAUCUGAAGCAAUUCCGAAGGUGUAUAGCAACAGUACUGUUACUGCUGUUAGGUCAAAUGGUACAAAUGCUUCAGCAACUAACGCCACUUCGAACUUUAGUAAUGGCAAUAUAUCAUUUCAUCUUGAAAUUCCAGACAGCGCCAGUAUCAAUCCGGUUAUGACACACAGUGCCGACUUAAGUCUGGAAGAUAACCAGGAACGACUGUAUUUAUAUCUUCUAAUCGCCGGUUUAAUCGGUGUAAUUAUUUGCAUAAUUAUUGUGUCUGUUCAUGUUUGGAUGCAAAAAAGUCAAGCUCUCAGUUCGGAGACUCAGAUGGCAUCCAUAGAUGGUUCACGUAACCCAUGCGCUGAUACUACCAUUCCUAAUGGUUUUAAUGACACUAUAUCGGAGAUUGACGCCGAGAUCGAUAUGCCAACUACAAUUUCUGUACCGAGUGUUUCGAAAAAUGAGAAUUAUAUUUCCUAUGGAUCCAAUGGGGGUUUAUACAAUGGUCUUGGAUCAUCCAGUAGAUCGCAGAAUUCAUCGACUCUUGUAUUACAAGGUGGAGCAAGUAUUCCUCCCACUGGUAUCAUGGGCACAUCUGCUCCCUCAACAAUAAUCACGAAUCCUGGCGUAUGCGGAGUAAGACAAUCUCCCGAUAUCAUCGGUAUUACAUCAAAAGCUCACUUAGCGGUGCCUCCUAGUGGCGCCAUUGGCUAUCAAACGGGUGUUGGUAGCAUAUUGCCACCAACAAUUGUAAUUGCUAGCAAUGGAAGUAGUAUCAGUAAUUCGCUUAGUUGUGGUCCAAUUACCUCAAUUGGACAGUACACAACUGCACCCACGAUACGUGCGAGCUACAUUAUUAAUGCUGAGGGAAUGUUAAAGCGACCUCCGAAUCUCCAAACGCCGCCAAUGAUAAGUUCCACAACCAACAGUCAGUAUUCGACAACAUCCACAUUACGUCGAACCACUGAUCCUUCCGCAAUGCAACAACAGUUAUCUUACGAUGGCACAGCUCCACGGACAUUAUCGACUGGUGUUCCAGUGAACUCCCAAUUCUAUUAUGGAUGACAAAAUUCAGAGGAAUGUGAUGGAAUGAAAGCUAUUUUAUUCGAUACCAUUCAACAUAAAGCCGAGGCAAUUGCCACACUUACUGCCCAUCUUUCAUACAAUACAUCAAAAGAGCAACAACAUCAAACAAUUGAGAGUCACAAUAUAAAUGACAAUCCUAACUCAAACUACGAGGACACAACCGUGAUGAAGAGUCAGGACACUGCACCAUCAGACCCCAAAGCUCAGAUAGCUGUCAAUAACACGGAGUCGGAGAGAUCUUUUUGCUUUUGAACGUAGUUCAUUUGACAGAAGACACCGAACUGUAACAUGUAAAUUUAGAAAUAAUUUGUAUAUUAAUAUAUUGUAUGUAUAUAUUUGUAUCACCCAUAGACAUAUAGUAAAUGUGAUGAAUACCUAAAUAAAUUAGUGAUAAGAAUUAUGAGAGUAUACGUAUACAUACAUGUGUGCAUUCUUAUAAUUGUGUAGUCAUAGAUUUGUAAGAUUUGGAUUUCUAAAAAAUCAUCUAGCGAUAUUUCAGUUGCUAAGUACAUUUUUAAACCCAUUCAUUACUUCCAAACCAUAGUUUACAGGAGGUGAAAAAUGCCUUCAUACAUAUAUACUCCUAAGAAAAUUUUGCGAAAAUGGACAUAAUGAUUCAUAUUUCCUUAAACAAUUCUCAUCAGCAAUGUUGAUGGUUGAAUGAUGAUAAUGUAAAUUAGUACUUGGCUGUACAAAAGUAAUAUUAACAAUGACUUUUCCAAAAAAAAUUGUAUUUGAAAACUGAAAAGUUUUCAAGAAUAUAUGUAUAUAUAUACAAUAUAAUAAUUCAUUUUUUUUAUUGGUUUGAAAAUAUUAGAAAGGUGAAGGCAUUGACCUAAGAUUAUUUACUAUAUAUGAUCUCUUCAUUUACUUUUUUCAGCCAAAAUCUACUCAAUUGAUAAUGGAAACCAUUUCGACAAUUGUUGAUAUGGGAAGCAAUUUACAUACUUGAUAAUUUUAAGUAGGCUAAUGGUUGUGAUAAACGUUAUCAAUACACGGAAAAUUGGUGAAUUAAAAUUGCUUACAGUUACACUUGAUAUAGUAUUCGAAUUAAAAUUUUUUAUUGUACCAAACAUAGACUAACUUAAUGUCAAGAAUUAUAAGUUGCCUAAACUAGUACAACUAAUUCUUCUAAGAUUGUUUAGUAGAAUCCGAAUAGGAAAAUUUUCUUUUAUCACAAAUUAUCUUUUAUCGUAUUAUAGGUCCAAUAAAAAUAAACCAAUUAUUUUUGCAUAGAAUUGAAGAUUUUAUUUAUCAUCGUUAGAAUGUUCCGAAAUUAGGGCAAUUAUGCAACGUUUUGUUCGAUGACUAGUUGCAAUUUCGAAGGUAAUUUCAUAAUGCCACUAUCGUGGAAACCUUUUUAGACGAAUUUUUCACACAAAAAUUUAAUAAUUUGGUGUCAAUUCUUCUAUGGAAUCCUCACAUUAUUGAAUCUUUUUGUAUCCAACCUUAAUUAAAUGUUUCAAACCGUAUAUUUGUGUAGUGUUUAGUUUYUAUGCUAUCAAAACAGUGCUCACCUGACUCUCUGAGUCGGCGAUUUUCAAUAUUUUGUCGAUAUUUUGAACAAUURGGUCUUUGGCAUAAAAAUCUUCGGAACGGAAUGGACGAAACCAAGAUUGCGGAUUGCGAAUAAUUGGCUAUUACAGUAUUAGAACCACAAACGCUUCACAUUUUCAGCCCUUUAGCCUGCUUUCCUUUUUUUUUUGUCGAAUUCUUUUCUUUCUAAUAGCGUAACUCGAUCAGACUUGUAUUGGUAAAAUUAGGAAUUUCAAUAGAUUUUAUAUUAUCAUAAUUAUCAAAAUAUCUUGUACUUAUUCUAACUUCAUUCAACGAGGCAAUGUCAACUAAUUUGUAUGGCAGUUCUUUAAAAGAAAAGAAAAAAUUUUAGAAUUCAUAACACGUACUUAAUAUGGUUUAACCUUUGACGCGUAUAGUAUAAUAUACCAUAUAUUUACCCGACUCAAUAAUUUUAAUAUUUUUUACACGAAGUGCCUUUCUUAAUACACACAUUUAAUAUAAUUCCAAAUUUCCUUAAAGUUGUAUAAAGAGUGCAUGCAUGAAUAAAUAAAUCUUAAAUUUGAUAUAGACAAUUAAUUAUAUGUGCGUAAGGAUGAGAGAUAUUCAAUAAUACUGUAUGUAAAUAUUUAGUAUUGCAUGAUGUAUGUACAUUUGUGUUAAGCAGUAUAUAAAAUGUCUGUAAGUGCAUAGUAAGUAAAUUAAAAUAUAAUAAAGAAAUAUGAAGUGAUACUAAUAAUAACGCUGGAGGAAUUAAUUGGAUCCUAAAAACCAAGAUUUCCCAAUUCUAGUUUUUUUGUUCAAAACUUYAAAGCAUUUUUUCCACAGCUCGAAAGUCAAUAUCAUAAGUUCAAAACAACUGCACCGAUUCUUUUAACAUUUUUACCAAUAUUUCUGUAUAUUUAUUGAAUUAUCAUACUUUAAAUUUUUUUAAAUAAUUUUUAUUAUAUUUUAAUUAUCCGACUAUUUCGAAAAAAGCGAAAACGAGUUUUGUCCUUCAAAUAGAUCCACAGAAAUGAAAAGUUGGAUUUCAAAAACUCCUUUUUUAAACUGCUAUUGCCAUAUUUUUGAUAUUAUUUCGURGAAAUUAUAUUUCUCAUUAUUCGAAUACCAUACUUUGAUAUACCACUGGUAUUAAAAAGAGAUUUUAAUUGUGUCCACACAAAAAAAAUCACAAAAACAUGUGUAUUUUGCACGAAUUAACCCUAUUAAAUUCACGUGGAGCUGGCAGCACCUUAAGAUAUUGAAAUCAUAUUCUCAUAGUUUAAUCUAUAGAUAAAAAA